GCAAAAUAUUUUGAUAGCUCAACAGUGCAGUACUUAAAUGAAGUUCAUGCAAUAAAUACAUACAAUAGAGUGGAGGAGUGGAAGAGCACUAUAGCAGUACCAUGUCACAAAUAUUCAGAUAUUUAAGCUUAAUUAGGAAAAAGAUCAAGAGAAGAAAUGACCAAGAUGAGAUUGCCAAGGAAGUUACAAUUCCUUUAGAUGGCAUAGAUGGCAUUAGAACAAUUGAAGGUCCAAUUCAGUUCCUUCUCAAACAUCGUGAAAGUGGACUCUUUUUGAAAAUAGAAAAUGGAAAUUUAAAACUGGAUAUGCCAAGUAAAGAUAAUGAAUCAAAAUUCUUAAUUCAUGCAUACACAUUUACUGGAAUUGAUGAUGAUGAACGAAGCAGACAUUGGCAACGGCCUGUGAACAUAAUAAUGAUGUACGCCAUAAACGACUGCUUCAUCCAAGCCAAGAAAAAGACAACAACAGUCUACACUGCUGCAGUUAUAACAAAGAAAGGCAAGCCUCUGAAGAAAGACACAUCCAAAGUUGAGGAGGAUGACCCAAGGUUUUUCAUGUUACACAAAACACAUGAUGAUGCAAUCUCAUUGGAAUCUUUCUUAAGUCAACAGUAUUACCUCGCAAGUGAAUACAAUGGGAGGGAAGGUGACCCAAGACCCCAGCUAUAUCAUCUACCAUGUGAUAGCCACAGGAACUCCAAUAACUAUGGUGCAAAAUUUGAUUUUAUUUCUAUGAACGAGUCAGCUGAAGAAUAUGCUAAGCAUCUUAAAGAACAAUAUAUCAGGCAAGGGAGGAGACAAACAUGACUAUGAUGCCUUCAUGGACCAGGAAAACAUGAGUUACCAGUACAUAUACAAGUGGAAUCUCUUCAGCUUUAUUUCAAGUCAACGAAAAACAAAAAUGAAAAAACAAAUAGAGCCAUCCCAUUCUGAUACCCACCGUGCCUUCCUGUUUUUCAACUUGUAAUUUGUUCUCAUUUAGUUGUUUACAUUUUGUGUUUUGAUGAAGGAUAGUUAUACAUAUCUAACACUGCAAGAGUAUAUAUCAACCCACCAUGGACUAUGGACUAUUUGUAAAUACUGUAUUAUAGGAACAUAUUUGUG